CUACUCUCUGCUUAUAUGUGGGUGCUUUGCCUUCUACUCCCUUCGUCGUCAAAGGUCAACAGCUGCCCCUUUCUUCCUUGUUCGGUUUGGGCGGACUGCGGCGGAGGAGGAAUGACGAACUCUUCGGCGGGGUCGGCGGCGGUGCCAAGCACGCCAUUGCUGAAGGACGAACUCGACAUCGUGAUCCCGACGAUCCGGAACCUGGAUUUCCUUGAGAUGUGGCGGCCCUUCUUCCAGCCCUACCACCUCAUCAUCGUGCAGGACGGAGACCCCAACAAGACGAUCAAUGUACCCGAAGGAUUCGACUACGAGCUCUACAACCGCAACGACAUCAACCGCAUCCUCGGCCCUAAGGCCAAUUGCAUCUCCUUCAAGGACUCCGCGUGCCGCUGCUUCGGAUACAUGGUCUCCAAGAAGAAGUAUAUCUACACCAUCGAUGAUGACUGCUUCGUUGCUAAAGAUCCAUCUGGCAAAGAUAUCAAUGCCCUUAAGCAGCACAUUGAGAAUCUUCUCACCCCUUCUACUCCCCACUUCUUCAACACCUUGUAUGAUCCUUAUCGUGAAGGUGCAGACUUUGUCCGUGGAUAUCCUUUCAGCCUUCGAGAAGGCACUUCAACUGCUGUUUCUCAUGGCCUCUGGCUCAACAUCCCUGACUAUGAUGCCCCCACCCAACUUGUGAAGCCCCUUGAGAGGAACCAAAGGUAUGUUGAUGCAGUUCUAACAAUACCAAAGGGAACUUUGUUCCCUAUGUGCGGAAUGAACUUGGCCUUCAACCGUGAACUUAUAGGGCCUGCUAUGUACUUUGGACUUAUGGGAGAUGGCCAACCUAUUGGACGAUACGACGAUAUGUGGGCUGGGUGGUGUGUCAAGGUAAUCUGUGAUCACCUGGGAUUGGGAGUUAAAACAGGAUUACCUUACAUCUGGCACAGCAAGGCCAGCAACCCUUUUGUGAACCUGAAAAAGGAGUACAAGGGAAUCUUCUGGCAAGAAGAGAUCAUCCCCUUCUUCCAGUCUGCUGUUAUUUCCAAGGACUCGACAACUGUGCAAAAAUGUUACAUUGAGCUGUCGAAGCAAGUAAGGGAGAAGCUGGGGAAGAUCGAUCCCUACUUCAACAAGCUUGCAGAUGGCAUGGUCACGUGGAUUGAAGCUUGGGAUGAGCUCAAUCCGCCCAAAUUGGUUGUUGAAGUGACCAAUGGCCCAGCCAAAGCAUAGUUAGGGCAACUGCAGUUUCUAUUUCUUUCUUCUCCCACGUGUUUUGUGGUUGAUGCUCUUGAACAUGCUUUAUCUUACCUUCAAUUUACUCUUCUUUUUCUUUUUU